UGCGGGUCGAACUGUUGUAAGAGUAGGAACUCGGGACCUCCUGCUAUCCAUACAUAUUGGUUUUUCUCGUUAGUUCACUCACCUCCGACUUGUGGCUUCGGCGAUUUGUACUGUUGUUCAUACACUUAUUCGUGGAAUCGUGGCUUACCAGCGAUAAAAAGAAAAAAAAAAAUCAUAGGAGGAACUGACUGCAUAAUAGUUCUUUAGAAAAUAGAGAAGAAAAUAUGUUGAAAGUGUACCGUGUCGCGUUGACUCGCUAAAUUUCUGUUUAUUUUAAUUGGAAUUAAUGAGCCGUUGAGGAUGACCCUGGGGAAAUAGAUCAGAUUGUGCCGUCCUUAAUGCUUUGUGAAGUGCACCGCUCAAGUUCAUCAGUAUGCUCUCAUACCUACAAGCCACGUGCUCCUAUGACCACUGACAAAACUUCGAAGUGAUGCGUAACAGGGCGAGAGGUCGAGAGCUGGAAGGCUCGAUGAAAGGAAUAUCCUCCGGGGGUCCCAGACAAAGCCACGGACCAAGAGUGAACCGUUCUUCGAAGUAUCGCGCAUCUUUCUCUUAGAAAUACGUCUCUACGACUCUGUUGAAAGUGAUAUGAAUCUUGUGAAAGGUAUUCGUGUCAGUCUCGCUUAAUGAAGCAUAUUCAUGGACAGUCUGCUACAGAACAGUAUCAUGCCAAACACGAGUCGUAUCCAAUUGGCUCAGACCCGUCUUGAACGCGUAGAAUCGAAUUCUGGGUCACCAUGACGACGAUGAAGAGACCCCCAGCUAUCUGUUUUCGACUUGAUUCAAAGCUGUUUACGUGACUGGUCUGUCAACAUAACGUCAUACAGACCACAAGGAAAGUACAUUUUCAGCUCUGCAUCUCUAUUAAUACCUCACUCACACUUCGACAAUGCCGUUCGGAUCGCGACAGAGCGAAAGGUACGAACUGAACGGCACCGGGCAGCUCCAGAGGGAUCGGACGUACGGCAGCAUCGUCCGCGACCGGACUUACACCAGCAUCGGAAGUUACGCCAAUCAAGACCCGGAAGAUCGAUGCAACUUCAUUAAUGAAGACGACUUGGAUUUUCACCAUGGAGAUUCAGACAGCUGGCGAAGUAGCGGGGGCCUAGGACCUCCUCCAUCACGCCCGGGCGAAGAUGCCACGACCUUCUUCAGGGACGGGAGGAGGAAAAUCGAUUACGUCCUCGUCUACGAUGACACGUCCAGAUCCUCCAAGAAACUGGCAGGGGCGGUAGUCGGGGGAGGGCAGAAGGACGACGAGAAAUCCUCGGGCGUCAACCGCUCCUUAUCAGCCAGCGCCAAGAAGGCAUCGAAGCACGAGGCCUGGCGCAGGAAGUUCAUGGAUUCUCUCAAUAAAGCAGGACUCCACAUGGAAGAGGAGACGGAAGAGAGUGGAAAGGGGACUAUAUGCUUCAUCAAACUAAGUGCUCCUUGGGAGGUCUUGUGCCAUUACGCGGAAGAGCUUAACAUGCGGGCACCACUCCAGGAGCUCACCGGUUCUUCUUACAAGAACGCAUACGAUAAUCCCUCGACGAACUGGUCCGAGGUCGUCCUUAGGAAGCUGUGCCUGCCGAACCUCAUGUCUGAAGAUGUCCCCAACAAACCCAAGGACUAUUCGACGUGCGCCUUCAAAAAAUCAAAGAUCGACAGAAAACUCAUAACAAAGUUUCUAGGCAGUCAUAACCCGGAGACUUACUUCACGACCACCCAGAGAUCUCGCAUCGUCCACGAGAUCCUGUCGACGGCUGCCUUCGGGAAGAGGAAGAAGGGCGAGAUCGGCAUCGAGAGGCUAGUCGACGAAGGAAUCUACAGCGCUGCCUUUCCCCUGCAUGAUGGUCCGUACGAGAUCCCGAAAGGCCUGAAGGACCCGACGCAGCUGAAUCCCCGUCAGAUCCUGUACCACUACUGGGCGCGGUGGGGCAAAUGGUUCAAGUACCAACCACUGGACCACAUCCGGGAUUAUUUUGGCGAGAAGAUUGGCAUCUACUUCGCUUGGCUAGGCUUGUACACCGGGUGGCUACUUCCAGCAGCUGUAGUGGGCCUCCUUGUGUUCCUCUAUGGCGUCAUGACCAUCAAUCUGAACACUCCAGCCAACGAAAUCUGCAAUACGAAGGGUCAGUUCAAAAUGUGCCCUCUGUGUAACGUCAAAUUCGGUUGCAAGACUUGGGACCUGCACGAUAUUUGUGUCUAUGCCAGGAUCUCCUACCUCUUCGACCACCCAGGCACAGUUUUCUACGCCAUAUUUGUCUCAUUUUGGGCUGUGUCCUUCUUGGAGUACUGGAAGCGGAAGAGUGCUUCGCUGGCCCACCACUGGGACUGCACCGAUUUCCAAGAAGAAGAAGAAAGGCCUCGGCCCGAGUUCGCUGCUAAGGCACCCUGUGAGGAACGAAACCCUAUCACGGGCGUGAGGGAACCCACCUUCCCCAAGAAGAUCCGGACCAAGAGGAUAAUGGCUGGUGUGGGGCUCAUCUUCAUCAUGAUGAGCCUCGUCAUCAUUUUCAUCGUAGCCGUCAUCAUCUACCGGGUUUUGGUGGCUAUACCGCUCUUCCAGAACGAUACCUUAAGGUCGCAGGCACAAGCGAUAUCAUCCCUCUCGGGCGCUGUUGUUAACUUCAUUAUCAUUAUGUUUAUGGGAAGAGUCUACGAGAAACUGGCUUAUCGUCUUACGACAUGGGAAAUGCACAGGACGCAGUCAGAAUUCGAGGACAGUCUUACCUUCAAGGUGUUCAUCUUUCAAUUCGUCAAUUUUUAUUCCUCCAUCUUCUACAUUGCUUUCUUCAAGGGUCGCUUCGUGGGCUACCCGGGACACUACCAGCGCAUUCUGGGCCUCAGAAACGAAGAUUGUUCUGCGGGCGGUUGCUUGAUCGAGUUGGCUCAACAACUGGCAGUAAUCAUGAUUGGCAAACAGGUGGUCAACAAUGCCCAGGAGAUCCUAGUACCCAAAGUUAAGGCUUGGUGGCACAAAAAGCAGGUCAAAAUGGGUCAUAAGGCCAGAACGAGAUGGGAAGCAGAUUACCAGCUCAUCGAUAACGAGGGCCUCUUCCAAGAAUACUUAGAAAUGGUGCUGCAGUUCGGAUUCAUCACCAUUUUCGUGGCUGCCUUCCCCCUGGCCCCUCUUUUCGCUCUCCUCAACAACUGGGUCGAGAUCCGAUUAGAUGCGAGGAAGUUUGUGUGCGAGACGAGGAGAGCCGUAUCCGAACGGGCCCAAGACAUCGGUAUUUGGUUCACCAUACUGGAUUUCAUGGCUCACCUCGCCGUCAUUAGCAACGCCUUCCUAAUUGCUUUUACUUCGGAAUUCUUGCCACGGCUGCUCUACAAGUAUGAGUACGACUGGUCCCUCAGGGGUUACGUUAACUUCACGCUUGCUACAGCCCCUGACGAAUUUAAAGAAGAUUGCAGAUACAGAGGAUACAGAGACAACGAAGGAAAUCACACUACUUUCUUCUGGAGGCUUCUUGCAAUCAGAUUAGGAUUUGUGAUUGUGUUUGAGCAUGUUGUAUUUGGCAUCUGCCGUCUCAUCGACAUCGUCGUCCCAGAUGUUCCACAGAGCCUCGAAAUCAAGAUGAAAAGGGAGAGAUAUCUAGCUAAGCAAGCCUUGGCUGAUUCAGACAAUAUAUUAAAGGUUGUACAGGGAAAGGAUGAGGACGACGACGAUGCUGUGGUCAGCAACAACAUGACCAACAUCAGGAGGGAAGCGGAGGCCCCUCCCCAGGGUAACCCUUCUUCGGCCUCCAAUUAUCUUCCUGAGCAGUAUUCUCCACCUGCUUCUCCGCCUUCGAAUAGUGACAACAGGGAGACCCCUCCAGUGACAAGUUCUACCGUCUCUUACACCAGAGAGUCUCCUAAAGUGACUACCUUUCCAACAAUGUCCCCAACGGAAGAGGCGUUUUCAUGCGUCAACACAUCCAGUUCCAACACCCCCACCAUAUCCUCGUCAUCCACAUCCAAGUCAUCCUCAGCAAAGAAUCCACUGCGAAAGCCGCACUCGUUCUCCAGCAGCAGCAACAGCAGUAGUCCAACGGCUUCCUCCAAGAGCCACCACGGCUCUCCCUCCUCCAACUCGAAUAAAACUCACCCUCGCGCCCCGACAUAACAACCAGCCGCCUCCACCCGUCCCGUCGUUGUGUUCAAGCAAACAUCCGUAUAAAUUGUGCUUUACUCUGAACACAACAGUCCUGAGUUUUUGUUCAGUUGAGACAGUUUAGUGUCACCUUUCCAUCUUAACUGCAAGCGUGUGUUGGGGAGGAAGGAAGGGAGGGAGGGAGGAGAGGAAUAUUGGGUCUUCAGCAUCAUACGGGUUUAUUCAUCACCAUUAAGAAAAAAAUUCAUAUACCUACCAUGUUUGUUUAUGGUCAUCUCUCUGUGGGUCAGUAUUCUCUGUCUUGAUCAUUCGUAGCAUUUGUCCGCACUUUCCUCCUGAUCCAAAUCCCUCUCUGUCGUAGCCGCCUGUGAUAACCUCGUGGUAUAAAUUUAAAGAAGGUCUUCAUGUCAUGUUUAUCCCCUCCAACAGGCGACGGUGACAGUCUCCUUAGUGUUACUUCUUCCUUUUAUGGUUUCGAAUGAUCGACGGGUGGAGGCCAGGAACGGGCUUACGAUUUUCAAGGUCUGCUUAAUUAAGUCUGUGAAGAAACCGCUGAAACAACUGAUUCUAUUUCAUAAGAAUUUUAUAAGUGCUAUGAUAUGCCAUGUAAGUGUUUUCAGCAAAAGUGCUGUUCUCCAUUAGGAAAUCAGUUUUAUAAGAAUAGGAUACAAUUUAAAUGUAUUAGAUUUUGAAAAGACAAACAUCUAGCUGACGUUGCUGAGAUCAUUGCUAAGUAUUGAGUGACAGACAGGAGAGCGUUGUCUGCCAGUCGCUAAGGGUGCAGCUCCUGUAUAUAAACUCUGCCAGUAUUCAUUCAAAGGAAAGUGGAACUGAUGAACUAUCGCCACCUCCAUGAAAGGAGUCUUUAAAGUGAAGUAGGUAAGGACUUGAAAUGAGAAUUAAAGAAGCGUUUUGACAUCUACUUGUUUCUACGACUUCAAGCUUACUAUCUAUAUUUCACUUCUCGCACGUCCUGCGGCUUAGAGCUCCAUGUAAGCGAUGCACUUGACUUUUGAAUUCGCUUGAAUGAAAUGCGACCUCCUUUUUUUUGAAGUGUGAGUGGAUGGCGUCCCAGAAUGAUCAUCUCUCUUAAUAUCAUUGUUGGGAGCUUGCUUGGGGUGUUUUAUAUUAAUACUGUACAUAAAAGACAUGUUUAGCCUAGAGUAGGAAAGAGGGGGAGUGUUCUUUCUCAUUUCCAGUCAAUCACUCCUCCUCGUCACCUUCUCGUUCAUCUCCUAUAUCGCGAUAUAAAGAUAUCCAUUUAUUUUUCAACGUCACUUUUUUCAUUCUUUGUACUGUUGUUGAAUUCUCCAAUUGAGGCAGAAUGGAAACCUGCAACAUUCCAUGAUUGGUCGAUAGAUGUUUUCCUAAUAAAAGAUAAAAAUCGAUCACUCAACCCAGCUUUUCCCAGAAAGCAAUCAGUCAAAUGAGAGUGAGAGAAAAGGACCUCCCAAUGUGGAACCUUGAGAAUUAAAUGUUAUUCUCAUUGAUAAUCCUGCAAAUCAAAUAUUGCUGGCAUAUUCGUAUUCAUUCUUAACCAGACAACUCGCGGACCAUUUCGCCGAAACAAGCGAAAAUAUUUUGACUGGUAGUUUUCCAUGGGGACACCACUCAAUUUUCUGUAAUUAUAGCUAAACGCUGAAUUAUCUUGCAUCCAGAAUGAUGACACAUUUACUCUGCAGUUCUUGUACUGUUUUAUUUUCUAUAGUAUCUUCUUAACUUCGCAAGUUCCUUUAUCGUCUACUGAAAACAAGGUGUGUGUUUGUACUGUUAUGAAUGGACGUCUCAACAUAAGACGGAUUUACAAUGAAGAGUCUUCUUAGAAUUUAUGAUUCUAUUUUUUUCUUCACUUUCUUUUUAACCUUAGCUCGUAGUUGCUAUUGCCUUACAAUCUAGAUCCUGCUUUAUCACAAGUAAAAUUAUCGGUACAAUAGGUAUAGUGGUACUUUGUUUUUUUGAGGAGCGCAAACGUUUAAUUAUGAAUAUUUAAAUGUUGGAGGCCAAAGUCGAUAUUCAUUGUUUAUUUGUACAUCAUUAACUCAACUUUUCUGAGCGCUGCAUUAAGUACGGUAUUAAAAUGAGAGUGCUUUUUCUCUCUCUCUCUCUUUUUAUUUACUCAGGAGACAAGAGGUCAUUUUUAUGACUGCAUUGACAAUAGAUAAUUAUUAAGUAUUUCCUUAUUCAAAUCCAUCAGAAUAGUGACUUGGUCUCGACAAGAUACUUUUACUUCUCACCAUCGCGUGGUUUAGUUUUAGACAGCUUCUUUACGUUAAAUCAUGACCUAUUUUAUUACAUAACUAUUGGAAAAAAAUUUUAUGAAAUUGCAAGCGCCACAUUUACUGUACUCCUGACGACAAGAGCUUUUGUAUCUAUCUUCAUUUACUGUCUAUUUCCAAGAAACUUUUUUUUUCUUUCUUUCUUUUACAGGAAACACUCAUAGCAUUUAACUGUUACAGGAUGAAAAGGUACCAAUAGAGCAUCUAUCUAUAAAGUGCACGUGAUAAAUUUAUUGCGUUUUAUACAUGAUUAUCAUCCUUCAGUCGAAAACGGAAGCGUAGGUUUUGUGUAAUUCAGUAAAUGCAAUUCACUUGUUUGAUACACACUGUAUAACAACUACACACACAUUAAUACAUCAUACACACACACACACACACCCAUUCAUACACAUAUUUAUAGAAUAUAGACAAGUCAUUCUAAAACGCCUAUAGAACUGGACUAAGGACGGGUAGUGGGUUAGAACAUUGCUUUCGCAGACCUCAGCCUUUUCCUUCGCAUAAAUUCACUGUAUCUUGAUAAUUUUUUUAAAAGUUAAAAUCAGCUACGUGCGAAAGUCUGAGAAAGGGGGGAGUUGUACUAUGUAGGCAUUUACAAUUUUCUUACCCGUUCACAAUAAAACUUGAUUUUAAUAUGGAGAAGCAUCAGGUGCUGAUAAGAAUGGUCAUCCUGCCGCUCGAAAACCUGAAAUUCAAGAGACAUAUUACAUUAUUUACAUUGUAAUAUAUAUAUAUAUAUAUAUAUAUAUAUA